CCAAGCAACUGAGUUUCUUUGGAGAUGAUCGGAGUGUGGAAACUGAGGCCCACAGAGGUGAUGGGAUUUGCCUAAAGUCAUGCAACUAGUAGCAGAGCCAGGCCUAGAAGCCAGGUGCCCUGGCUCUCAAGAUAUCCCGCUGCCCGAGGAAUGGAACAGGGAUUUAGUGCAAGAAGAAGAACAGUUGAUGGAAGAAAAGAAAAAGAAAAAAGACGACAAGAAAAAGAAGGAAGCUGCUCAAAAGAAGGCCACUGAACAAAAAAUCAAAGUGCCAGAACAGAUAAAGCCCAGUGUAAGCCAGCCUCAGCCUGCCAACUCUAAUAACGGCACUUCCACAGCAACCAGCACUAAUAAUAAUGCCAAGCGAGCUACAGCCAACAAUCAGCAGCAGCAGCAGCCACAGCAGCAGCCACCGCCGCCACCGCAGCAGCAGCAGCCGCAGCCGCAGCCGCAGCCACAGGCCUUGCCUCGGUAUCCUCGUGAAGUACCUCCACGAUUUCGCCACCAAGAACAUAAACAGCUUCUAAAGAGGGGUCAGCAUUUUCCUGUCAUAGCAGCAAAGCUGGGAUCUGCUGUUAAGGUGUUAAACAGCCAGUCAGAAAGCAGUGCUGUAACAAACCAACAGCCACAAAAUAACGGAGAGGUGCAGAGCAGCGAAAACCAGUCAGAUAUAAACCAGAAUACUUCAGGAUCCCAUUAUGAAAAUUCCCAGCGGGGACCUUUGUCUUCUACAAGUGACUCUAGCACAAACUGUAAGAAUACUGUUGUAAACGACUUGUUGGAAAAAGAAGCAUGGCCCUCAGCCCCUGGCAGUGAUCCUGAGUUGGCUUCAGAAUGUAUGGAUGCUGAUUCUGCCUCCAGUUCUGAAUCAGAGAGAAACAUCACUAUCAUGGCUUCAGGGAGCACAGGGGGUGAGAAAGAUAGCCUUCGGAGUAGCACUGGACUUGGUUCCCAAAACAAGUUUGUGGUUGGUAGCAGCAGCAAUAAUGUGGGCCAUGGAAGUAGUUCUGGGCCGUGGGGUUUUUCCCAUGGAGCCAUAAUAAGCACAUGUCAGGUCUCUGUGGAUGCUCCUGAAAGCAAAUCAGACAGUAGCAACAAUAGAAUGAAUGCUUGGGGCACUGUAAGUUCUUCAUCAAAUGGAGGGUUAAAUCCAAGCACUUUGAAUUCAGCUAGCAACCAUGGUGCCUGGCCAGUAUUAGAGAACAAUGGACUUGCCCUAAAAGGGCCUGUAGGGAGUGGCAGUUCUGGCAUCAAUAUUCAGUGCAGUACCAUAGGCCAGAUGCCUAACAAUCAGAGUAUUAACUCUAAAAUGAGUAGUUCUUCUACCCAUGGUACCUGGGGAAGCCUUCAGGAAACUUGUGAAUCUGAAGUAAGUGGUACACAGAAGGUUUCAUUCAGUGGUCAACCUCAAAAUAUUACCACUGAAAUGUCUGGACCAAAUAACACUACUAACUUUAUGACCUCUAGUUUACCAAACUCCGGUUCAGUACAGAAUAGUGAACUGCCUGGUAGUAAUACAGGGGCCUGGCGUGUGAGCACAAUGAAUCAUCCUCAGAUACAGGCUCCAUCAGUUAUGAAUGGCACUUCCCUCUCUCACCUUAGCAAUGGAGAGUCAAAAAGUGGAGGCUCUUACGGUACUACGUGGGGUGCCUAUGGUUCUAGUUACUCUGGAGACAAAAGUUCAGGCCCCAGUGGCCAAGCUAAUGGUGACACUGUGAAUGCAACUCUAAUGCAGCCUGGCAUGAAUGGGCCUAUGGGCACUAACUUUCAAGGUAACACAAAUAAAGGAGGAGGUGUAUGGGAGUCUGGGGCAGCAAAUUCCCAGAGUUCAUCAUGGGGAAGUGGAAAUGGUGCAAAUUCCGGAGGAAGUCGGAGAGGAUGGGGAACCCAUGCACAAAACACUGGCACUAAUAUACCCAGCGUCGAGUGGAACAAACUGCCUAGCAAUCAGCAUUCCAAUGAUAGUGCAAAUGGCAAUGAUAAGAAGUUUACAAAUGGAUGGAAAUCUACUGAGGAAGAGGAUCAGGGUUCUGCCACAUCUCAGACAAAUGAGCAAAGCAGUGUAUGGGCCAAAACAGGAGGUGCCGUGGAGAGUGAUGGUAGUUCGGAAAGCACUGGACGCCUGGAGGAAAAAGGAACUGGGGAAAGUCAGAGUAGAGAUAGAAGAAAAAUUGAUCAGCACACAUUACUCCAAAGCAUUGUGAACAGAACUGACUUAGAUCCGCGUGUCUUGUCCAACUCUGGUUGGGGACAGACUCCUAUUAAGCAGAAUACUGCCUGGGAUACUGAAACAUCACCUAGAGGGGAAAGAAAGACUGACAAUGGGACAGAGGCCUGGGGAAGCUCUGCAACACAGACUUUUAACUCAGGGGCAUGUGUAGAUAAGACUAGCCCUAAUAAUAAUGAUACCUCAUCUGUAUCAGGGUGGGGCGAUCCCAAACCUGCUCUGAGGUGGGGAGAUUCCAAAGGCUCAAACUGCCAGGGUGGGUGGGAAGAUGAUUCUGCUGCUACAGGAAUGAUCAAGAGCAAUCAGUGGGGGAACUGCAAAGAAGAGAAGUCCGCAUGGAAUGAUUCGCAAAAGAACAAACAGGGAUGGGGUGACGGACAAAAAUCAAACCAAGGUUGGUCCGUUUCUGCCAGUGACAACUGGGGGGAAACGUCAAGGAGUAACCAUUGGGGUGAAACUAACAAGAAAUCCAGCUCAGGAGGUAGUGACAGUGACAGGUCUGUUUCUGGGUGGAACGAACUUGGUAAAACUAGUUCAUUUACUUGGGGAAAUAACAUAAAUCCAAAUAAUUCAUCAGGAUGGGAUGAAUCUUCUAAACCUAAUCCCUCCCAAGGAUGGGGGGAGCCUCCAAAGUCUAAUCAGUCUCUAGGUUGGGGAGAUUCGUCAAAGCCAGUCAGCUCUCCAGACUGGAACAAGCAACAAGAUAUUGUUGGAUCUUGGGGAAUCCCACCAGUUACAGGCAAACCUCCUGGUACAGGCUGGUUGGGGGGACCUAUACCAGCCCCAACAAAAGAAGAAGAACCCACAGGCUGGGAGGAACCAUCCCCAGAAUCUAUACGACGCAAAAUGGAGAUUGAUGAUGGAACUUCUGCUUGGGGAGAUCCAAGCAAAUACAACUACAAAAAUGUGAACAUGUGGAAUAAAAAUGUCCCAAAUGGCAGCAGCCGUUCUGACCAGCAAGCACAGGUACAUCAGCUGCUGCCAUCUGCAAGUGCCAUCUCAAACAAAGAGGCAAGCAGUGGCUCUGGCUGGGGUGAGCCCUGGGGGGAGCCUUCUGCUCCAGCCACAACUGUGGAUAAUGGUACUUCAGCAUGGGGUAAGCCCAUAGACAGUGGCCCCAGCUGGGGGGAACCCAUUGCUGCGGCAUCCAGCACAUCCACGUGGGGCUCCAGCUCUGUCGGUCCACAGGUGUUAAGCAAAUCUGGGCCAAAAUCUAUGCAAGAUGGCUGGUGUGGUGAGGAUAUGCCAUUGCCUGGAAAUCGCCCUGCUGGCUGGGAAGAGGAAGAGGAUGUAGAGAUUGGAAUGUGGAAUAGUAACUCAUCUCAAGAGCUUAACUCAUCUUUAAAUUGGCCACCAUAUACCAAGAAAAUGUCAUCGAAGGGUCUGAGUGGCAAAAAAAGGAGAAGGGAAAGGGGAAUGAUGAAAGGUGGAAACAAGCAAGAAGAAGCGUGGAUAAAUCCGUUUGUUAAACAGUUUUCAAAUAUCAGUUUUUCGAGAGAUUCACCAGAAGAAAAUGUACAGAGCAAUAAGAUGGACCUUUCUGGAGGAAUGUUACAAGACAAACGAAUGGAGAUAGAUAAACAUAGCCUAAAUAUUGGUGAUUACAAUCGAACGGUCGGGAAAGGCCCAGGUUCUCGGCCUCAGAUUUCCAAAGAGUCUUCCAUGGAACGCAAUCCUUAUUUUGAUAAGGAUGGCAUUGUAGCAGAUGAAUCCCAAAACAUGCAGUUUAUGUCCAGUCAAAGCAUGAAGCUUCCCCCUUCAAAUAGUGCACUACCUAACCAGGCCCUUGGCUCCAUAGCAGGGCUGGGUAUGCAAAACUUGAAUUCUGUUAGACAGAAUGGCAAUCCCAGUGUGUUUGGUGUUGGAAACACAGCAGCACAACCCCGGGGCAUGCAGCAGCCUCCAGCACAACCUCUCAGUUCAUCUCAGCCUAAUCUCCGUGCUCAAGUGCCUCCUCCAUUACUCUCCCCUCAGGUUCCAGUUUCAUUGCUGAAGUAUGCACCAAACAACGGUGGCCUGAAUCCGCUCUUUGGCCCUCAACAGGUAGCCAUGCUGAACCAGCUAUCCCAACUAAACCAGCUUUCUCAGAUCUCCCAGUUACAGCGAUUGCUAGCACAGCAGCAAAGGGCGCAGAGUCAGAGAAGCGUGCCUUCCGGUAACCGGCAGCAGCAAGACCAGCAGGGUCGACCUCUUAGCGUGCAGCAGCAAAUGAUGCAGCAGUCUCGUCAACUUGACCCAAACCUGUUGGUGAAGCAGCAGGCUCCGCCAUCUCAGCAGCAGGCACUCCAUCAGCCAGCCAUGAAGUCUUUCCUCGACAACGUCAUGCCCCACACUACACCAGAGCUGCAGAAAGGGCCAUCACCAAUAAACGCUUUCAGCAACUUUCCUAUAGGCUUGAACUCAAACUUGAAUGUAAAUAUGGAUAUGAACAGUAUUAAAGAGCCACAGUCAAGACUGAGGAAGUGGACUACAGUGGACAGCAUUUCUGUGAACACAUCUUUGGAUCAAAACUCCAGCAAACAUGGUGCUAUUUCAAGUGGUUUCAGGCUGGAAGAAUCUCCAUUUGUUCCCUAUGACUUUGUGAACAGCAGUACUUCACCAGCCAGUCCUCCGGGCUCCAUAGGAGAUGGCUGGCCACGUGCCAAAUCGCCUAAUGGCUCUAGCAGUGUUAAUUGGCCACCAGAAUUUCGCCCUGGUGAACCAUGGAAAGGUUAUCCAAACAUUGACCCCGAAACUGACCCUUACGUCACUCCUGGCAGUGUCAUAAACAAUCUCUCAAUUAAUACUGUGCGGGAAGUUGACCACCUCAGGGACAGGAACAGUGGGUCAUCCUCAUCCUUGAACACCACGCUGCCUUCAACUAGUGCCUGGUCAUCCAUUCGUGCCUCCAACUACAGCGUUCCCCUCAGCAGUACAGCACAAAGCACUUCAGCCAGAAAUAGUGAUUCCAAAUUGACGUGGUCUCCUGGUUCAGUUACAAACACCUCUCUGGCUCACGAGCUGUGGAAGGUUCCUCUGCCACCUAAAAACAUCACUGCUCCGUCCCGCCCACCUCCGGGACUGACUGGUCAGAAGCCACCUUUGUCUACGUGGGAUAAUUCUCCCCUUCGUGUAGGUGGAGGAUGGGGAAAUUCUGACGCCAGAUAUACCCCAGGUUCCAGCUGGGGUGAGAGCAGCUCAGGGAGAAUAACAAAUUGGCUUGUUCUGAAAAACCUUACACCUCAGAUCGAUGGCUCCACUCUGCGCACCCUGUGCAUGCAGCAUGGCCCGCUGAUAACAUUCCACCUGAACCUCCCACACGGGAACGCUCUGGUCCGGUACAGCUCCAAGGAGGAGGUAGUGAAGGCACAGAAGUCUCUGCACAUGUGUGUGCUGGGGAACACGACGAUUCUCGCAGAGUUCGCCAGUGAAGAGGAGAUCAGUCGUUUCUUUGCACAAAGUCAGUCCCUGACCCCUUCUCCCGGCUGGCAGUCCCUCGGGUCCAGCCAGAGCCGGCUGGGCUCCCUCGACUGCUCCCAUUCAUUCUCCAGCCGGACCGAUCUCAAUCACUGGAAUGGUGCUGGGCUGUCGGGAGCUAACUGCGGAGACCUUCACGGCACUUCCCUCUGGGGGACCCCACACUAUUCCACAAGCCUGUGGGGGCCUCCCAGCAGCAGUGACCCCCGGGGAAUUAGCAGCCCCUCCCCCAUUAACGCUUUUCUCUCUGUCGACCACCUGGGUGGGGGUGGGGAAUCCAUGUAACGCCGCCGCUACAGACCAGACGCAGACGAAACCGUGACCUCAAGACGCGAAGGAAAGGAGCACUAAGCUGGGCUCGCCGCCUGCAGCAGGGCCGCCUGUGGGAACAGCUCUUCUCUGCACAUUCUCCACUUUCUUUUCCCCAAAACAUAUCAGUUUGAAUACUUGAAUCAUGCAGGCCAAUAUUAUAAUGUGAAGGUAUCUGUCUACACUCCCGAGCGCGCCAUACAUGCUGACCGCCCCGUGAGCCCGCCUGUGCACACAUCAUGGGUCGCCUUCGGAUCAUUCGUUCGUUCUUCUACCCCGUACCCCACCCCACCCUUUAUUUGCAAAACCAUUUUGGGCUGAUAAUGUCUGAGCUUUUACCUUUGCACUGAGUGAUGUUCUCUCGUCUGACCGGCAGUAUGGGGGCAGCUGUCCAGUGUAAAUGUUUACUCAAGGGUGUUCUGAAGGUGUGCGCGCUCUACUAUGCCUUGAUGUUGCCUACCUUUAUCGUGGUAUCGCGGAGUUUAAAGAUCAAGUGAUGAUGCUGACGUGGGAUUAUUAUGAAAGUAUUGCACCAGUUUUUUCAUGUUGUAAAACUAAAGAAUUUCGCUCUGCAGUUUGAAAAACUGUGGCCACAGCUGUGACUUGCAGCCCACCUGCCACCCAGGACGGGCCCUGCACUUUGAUAGGCUUUCCAUUUUGUUUUGAAGGUUCCCGUGUUGAACCUUCUUGUUUACAGAUUUUUUUGUUUGUUUUUUGAGAAAAAAUGUUUACUCUUCCAUCAUUUAAAAAAAAUUUAAAAGACAAAAAAAAAAUGGAGGAUGAUUUAAAAGAUGCUUUCUAUCUCUGGGAAAAAGGAGCAGCAUUUGGCCAUGUUCUUUUGUUUUUCUAUUCCUGUCCUAAAUCAAAGAGCAUGGUUCUCAGGAAAACCAGUUGCCCAGUUU